CUAGGCUCUGCAAUUCAAUUCUUUUUAUCGUCCAACAAACCGCUGGCCCUAAAAUCCUCAUUUUUCUCUCUUCUCUCUCUCCGAUUAUUGCAAUAACCCGGAAAAUCUAGAAAGCAGUAGGAGGAAACUCUACAACUAUCCAGAAAAAGGAGUUUUCCUGAUCUGAAAUGAAGCAAUAGCCCCUCAUUUAUUUUUGCUCAAAACACCGAUUCGAAGUUUAUUUACUUAGUUUUUAUUGUUGCUGCGUUUGGUUGGACUUUCUACCUCGGUUUCUCUCUGGUUAAGACAGUGCUCCGAUUGGCGACAAACUUUGACUGGCGCCCUCAGGCCGUAGAACUUCAUCAUGGUUGCCACCGCCGCUACUUCUGCUUUCUUUCCGGCCGCAUCUCCAGCUCCAGACUCUGGCCCAAAGACGGCCAAAAAGCUUGCGAAUUUGGGAGGAAUGAAGUCGAAAUCUGCUGGGUCUUCCGGUGCCUUGCAGGGCAAGGCAAGUACCCAAGCUUCUCCCAAAAUAAAUGGUACCUCAGUUGGGUUGAAAAAACCAGUGGAAGGUGUGAAGAAUGAGUUUGAAACGUCGUCGCCUGCUCCCAGGACUUUCAUUAACACAUUACCUGAUUGGAGCAUGCUUCUUGCCGCUAUCACCACAAUCUUCUUGGCUGCUGAAAAGCAGUGGAUGAUGCUUGAUUGGAAACCAAGGCGGCCUGACAUGCUCAUUGACCCUUUCGGUCUAGGGAGAAUUGUUCAGGAUGGUCUUGUGUUCCGGCAGAAUUUUUCUAUUAGAUCAUAUGAAAUAGGUGCUGAUCGCACAGCGUCGAUAGAAACGUUGAUGAAUCAUCUACAGGAAACUGCCCUUAACCACGUUAAGGGUGCUGGACUUCUUGGUGAUGGCUUUGGUUCGACGCCAGAGAUGUGCAAAAAGAACCUCAUAUGGGUGGUUACACGAAUGCAGGUGGUGGUAGAUCGCUAUCCUACAUGGGGUGAUGUUGUGCAAGUAGACACUUGGGUCGGUCCAUCUGGAAAGAAUGGUAUGCGCCGUGAUUGGGUUUUACUUGAUUCUAAAACUGGCGAAACUCUGACAAGAGCCUCUAGUGUUUGGGUGAUGAUGAAUAAACAAACCAGGAGGUUAUCUAAGAUUCCAGAAGAAGUUCGGGGAGAAAUAGAGCCUUAUUUUACGGAUACUGUUCCUGUUGUGGAAGAGGAUAGCAGAAAACUGCAAAAACUUGAUGACAAUACAGCAGACUAUGUUCUUACUGGGUUAAGUCCUAGGUGGAGUGAUUUAGAUGUCAAUAUGCAUGUCAACAAUGUGAAGUAUAUUGGCUGGAUCCUUGAGGUAGAUGCUCAAGUGAAUUUCUUUCUUCAGUUCAUCUCCUUUAGUGCUCCAUUGCCGAUCUUGGAGAGCUAUGAGCUUUCUGCCAUGACCUUGGAGUACAGGAGGGAGUGUGGAAAGGACAACGUGCUUCAGUCAUUGACUGCCGUCUCUGGCAGUGGCAUUGGUAAUUUGGGAACUCUGGCUGACAUGGAGUGCCAGCACUUGCUUCGACUCGAGAAUGGAGCUGAGAUUGUGAGGGGCAGGACGUCGUGGAGGCCCAAACAUGCCAGCAACUUUGAAACUUUUGGUUCAAUUCCUGCUGAAAGCAUCUAAUAUUAAUAUGAAGUGCUAUUGGGGAUGGAAUGGAUAUAGGAGCGCUUGUGUAGAAUCCUCUGCAUGUGUUUCUUGGAUUUUAUUCGUAUUUCUUCCUUUUCUAUAUAUAUAUAUAUAUUUAUAUAUGUUCCUUCUCUUUUGUCAUCUUCAGGAAAGAAUAGUGUUCCUCCCCACCCUCCUCUUGUAAUUAUCUCUUUCUUUCUCUCUCUCAAAAAUCCACUCUAGUUCUUAUCCAAAAAAGUCUUAAAGGAGAUAGAUAGAGAUCAACGUAUAGAGUUAUUGCUAUCAAUACAGAUUUUUGGGGUACCA